AUGCCUACUGAGGAGAUGUUUGGCCCCUUAUUUGCAUUUCUGUGUGACCCCAGAGAAGUGUACCUUGCUGCCACCUACUCUUCAGGCCUGAACAACCCCAGCUCUCAGCCUUUUUGUUGUGGGCUCCAGCUCUUCUAUCACCUGCUGCCCUCAGUCCGGUGUGCUAGUGUCUGUCUUGUUCUGGGGGGCCCAAAUUCUGGACCGUAUUCCCUCAUUGAAGUCCUACUUGGGUUGAACUACUCGGCUGGCUCCCGACCACCUGCUGCUGGAGUGUGGGAACUGAGAGGUGAGGUAUGGGCGUAUGCCUCCUCAGUGAUGUGCUUCGUUGAUGGCCAGCUGCUGGGGGAUGAGAAGGACCUGCUCAAGUGGUCCCACCGUGAGUGGGACUAUCACAACUUCAAGCCCAAGGCACUUUACCAAGCAAUUGCUGAGGAUUUUUACACCAAAUAUCUGAAAAACAGCCAGCACGUGUUUGUGUACCUGGAGAUAGCCAUCGAGGAACAGCCCAUCGGGAGACUCCUGUUUGAGCUCUUUUCAGAUGCCUGUCCCAGGACCUGUGAGAAUUUCCGUGCCCUGUGUGUUGGAGGAGCAAAGUCUCUCCGUGAUGGCCGAGAGCUCACCUACAAAAACUCCCUUUUCCAUCGGCUAGUCAAAAAUGGGUGGAUCCAAGGAGGAGACAUCAUAACUGGAAAGGGAGACACCGGAGAGUCGAUUUACGGUCCCACCUUUGAAGAUGAAAGCUUCUCCGUCCGUCACAAGGGAAGAGGGAUCCUUGGGAUGGCGAACAAGGGCCGCCACAGCAAUGGCUCACAGUUCUACAUCACCCUCCAGCCAGCUCCCUACCUGGACAAAAAAUACGUGGCUUUUGGGCAACUCAUCGAGGGCACAGAGGUCCUCCAGAGACUGGAAGCUGUACCUACAUAUAGUGAAAGGCCUACAGUAGCCUGCAAAAUUAUUAACUGUGGGACUUUUGUGCCAUGAUCACCAGCUGGUUUUCCUGCCUGCUGUAAAGUAGAGCACCAUUUUCCACUCAGCUUUUUACAGAUCUUGAUGGCCUUCACUUAAGGCAAAAAUAAAAGCACUUCUUGCAUGUGUGAAUGGCUUGGAAACAUUCUUUUGGCUUAAAAAAGGUUCAUUAGAUGUUAAAAAGCAUCUUUACAGAAAUAUAAAAAAAGACUUGUGAAUGUAUCUCAGUGCCAGUCUACAGUUUAUGGGAAAUGGUGUUAAUAUAGUGACAAAGAGAUGAUAUAAUGCAUAUAUGGCUAAAGCACAGGUGGACAGAUGGAUACACACCUGUAGGAAUAAAGCUAACUGUUCCUGGCUAAAUUCUGCUUCUGCCACAACCUCCACAGCACAAUUGCCCUGCCAGGUUUGCUCAGAUACCAGACAUAGUCUGCAUAUGGUAACUCAGACAUCUCAGAAGAAUGGAGGAAAAAAUAUGUCUGCAGGACCGCGGUCUCUCUGAAUGCCAGAUCCUGCACUGACUUCUAUAAACUAAA